GUGCCUCCACCGACGCAACUAGACCCCAACGAGUGGUGGGGUCCAAAAGAGUUGCAGGGCCGAACAAAUGAAACCGUCAGGCACUUCGAAAUAAGGUUCGAUGACGAGAUGAUACAAGAUCUUGUUAGUCGUCUUAAACGCCAUAGGAAACUGUCAGCACCACUUGAGGGCACAGCGUUUUACUACGGUUUCAACACCAACCAAAUGGAGCCCUGGGUUAGAUACUGGGCAGAAGAAUACGACUUCAAAGAGAGGGAAGCGUACUUCAAUCAGUACCCGCACUACAAAACCAACAUUCAGGGUCUGGACAUACACUUCCUCAGGGUGACGCCACAGGUACCUGAAGACGUCACCGUGUUACCUCUACUGGUGCUGCAUGGCUGGGGAGGCUCCUUCCGCGAGUUCUACGACGCCAUCGCUUUAUUGACCACGCCCACUGAUGGCAUCGCAUUCGAAGUUAUUGUCCCCAGCUUACCCGGUUUUGGAUUUUCUGAUGCUGCCGUACGCCCGGGCAUGGGACCGACACAAAUGGGAGUUGUUCUCAGAAACCUCAUGAACAGACUCGGCUUCAAUCAGUUCUACAUCCAGGGAGGAGAUUGGGGCGGUGUUGUCGGUUCUGCCAUUGCUACAUUGUACCAGGAUGAAGUGUUGGGUUUUCAUUCAAACAUGAAUUUAGUACUUAAUAGUUGCACAGAAGUAACUUCAGUAGCCGGAGCGAUUGCUGCCACCUUGGGCGUUCCCGGGGCGGAACCCGCUGCGAUCACAAUAGAGGAAACUGGCUUUUUCCAUUUGCAAGCUACAAAGCCUGAUAGUUUGGGUGUCGCUCUCACAGAUUCGCCAGUCGGUUUUCUCGCCUACAUGUUCGAGAUUAUUUCUCGUCUUACGAAAUUAAGCAACCGUGGUUUGGAAGACGGUGGACUUUACGACACUUUCACUCCGGAACAGCUGAUCGACAACCUCAUGGUGUAUUGGGCACCUGGCUCUAUUACCAGCUCGAUGAGAAUAUACGCUGAGGCUUUCAGCAAACACCAUCGAGGCCUAAGAAUAAACAAUUACUCUACUUCAGUGCCGACCUGGGUGCUUCAAGCGAAGCACGAGAUCCUCGCUCAGCCCAUAAAUAACCUGAAAUUCACUCACAUGGUUGGAACUACAACAAUAGACGCCGGUGGCCACUUUUUGGCGUUUGAGAUGCCCGGAGCUUUCGCUGCGGACGUCUUCAAGGCAGUGAAGGCAUUCAUCAACGAUCGGAUAAUGAAAGACAAUGCAUGGGAGGAAAUUAGCAAAUGUCUCGGAAUAAGUGUGACGCAGUGCCAGGAUCGUUGGAAGAAACUGCGAGAUAACUUCAGAAAAGCCUAUUAUAACCGAAAAGGCAAGAGUGGCGAUGGUGCAACUACGUCCAAAUUGAUAAAAUUUGAAAAAGAACUUUCUUUUAUAAUACCAUUUUUUCGCAAUCGAAACCAAAUAUCUAAUGUAACAUUAUCAUCGGAUGAUUCAGAGCCUGGCACACCAAUACCACCACCAUCGACAUCAUCUAAACGUUCUGACCAUUCUGAAGUUGAAUCGCUUGCAAGUACUUCUGGCUCGAAAAAGAGACCACGCUUAAGCAAAGAUGUUGCUACGGUUUUCGAAGAGUAUCUUGAAGAAAAAAGAAAUACUACACCCCGUGACAAGAUGGCAAAUAGCGUGUUGCGGGUCGUCAUUUUGGUUAUCGGCAUAGCAGCAUGGGCCAUCCAUGCACAGGUGCCUCCACCUACUCAACUUGACCCCAACGAGUGGUGGGGUCCAAAGGAGUUGCAGGGCCGAACAAAUGAAACCGUCAGGCACUUCGAAAUAAGGUUCUGUGACGAGAUGAUACACGAUCUCGUAAGUCGUCUUAAACGUCACAGAAAAUUAGCACCACCUCUAGAAGGCACAGCAUUUUACUACGGUUUUAACACCGACCAAAUAGAUCCCUGGGUUAAAUACUGGGCAGAAGAAUACGACUUUAAAGAGAGAGAAGCGUACUUCAAUCAGUACCCGCACUACAAAACCAACAUACAGGGUCUGGACAUACACUUCCUCAGGGUGACGCCACAGGUACCCGCGGACGUUAUCCGGGUACCUCUGCUGUUGUUGCAUGGCUGGGGAGGCUCCUUCCGCGAGUUCUACGACGCCAUCGCUUUAUUGACCACGCCCACUGAUGGCAUCGCAUUCGAGAUUAUCGUCCCCAGCUUACCCGGAUUUGGAUUUUCUGAUGCUGCCGUACGCCCGGGCAUGGGACCGACACAAAUGGGAGUUGUUCUCAGAAACCUCAUGAACAGACUCGGCUUCAAUCAGUUCUACAUCCAAGGCGGGGAUUGGGGAAGUGUUGUCGGUACUGCGAUUGCUACAAUGUACCAGGAUGAAGUUUUGGGUUUCCACACUAAUUUGAACUUUGUACUCAAUAGCUGUACAGAAAUAACCACUGUAGCUGGAGCGAUUGCUGCCGUGCUAGGAGUCCAGGGCUCGGAGCUCUCAUCGACCAUAAUAGAGGAAUCUGGUUAUUUCCAUUUACAGGCUACAAAGCCUGAUACUUUGGGUGUCGCUCUCACAGAUUCGCCAGUUGGUUUUCUCGCCUAUAUGCUCGAGUUCAUUUCUCGUUAUACGAAGUUAAGCAACCGUGGUUUGGACGACGGCGGACUUUACGACACCUUCACUCCGGAACAGCUGAUCGACAACCUCAUGGUGUAUUGGGCUCCUGGCUCUAUUACCAGCUCGAUGAGAAUAUACACUGAGGCUUUCAGAAAGGAACAUCGCGGCCUACGAAUAAACGAGCACUCUACUUCGGUACCGACCUGGGUGAUGCAGGCAAAACAUGAGUUACUGGCUCAGCCCAUUAAUAACCUAAAAUACUCUAACAUGGUUGGAUAUACAACAAUGGAUGUCGGGGGUCACUUCUUAGCCUUUGAGAUGCCUGAAGCCUACGCCGCAGACGUCGUCAAGGCAGUGAAGGCAUUCAUGAAGUUCCACGAUACCAGAACUGAGUUAUGA